CAUCAGGUGGAGGAAGCCCGACGUGAGGCCAUCAGUUCCACCCAAGAAAGGAGCUUGGAAGCCCAACAUCAGGUGGAGGAAGCCCAACAUCAGGUGAAAGAAGUCCAAGACGAGACUACCAGUUUCACCAAACAAGGUAGCUUGGAGACCCAACAUCAGGUGAAGGAAGCCCGAGGCCAUACCUUCAGUCACAAGUGCACGACCAGGGCUACUCACGUAGUCAAACUAAUCGAAGGAAAAGAUGGCCCACUUGAAGAAAACAACCCCACCACUUUACACUUGGAUUUCAACGGAACUUCCGUUGACUCGUUGAUGCCGAAAUUGGCACCAACAGUUAUGUCUAUGCAAACCUCCCACACCUAUCUUUCCAUGCAAACCCUCCACCUCACCAUGCACGUCCACACGACUUAUGUCAAGCACCUCACCAACCUUUAAAUCAUGCACGUUGGGAUUGAUUUCCCAAAUUGUAGAUCCACCACUUCCUGGAGCAACAAGAGGGCCAUCAACUUUAAUUGGCAGCGCUGACAACUCCGAUUCUUCUCACGCAAAAUCUCGUUUACAUCUGUAUGCGUUAAAGGCCUGGAAGUCAGCUUCGUGAUAUCAGGAUCUGCAGAAAUCCCAGGCUUCAAACCCUUACUGACUGUAGCCUCCUUGCCAAAACAAUCCAGCCUCCUUGAAUGCCCAUUUAAAGCCGACGCAAAAUCCGGGCUAACCAAAACAGGCACAUCUCUUAAACCACCAUCACCACCGAUCUCUGGCACCGGAGGCCCUAUCCGGCCACCAUCAACUGCAGAUUUUCUUCUUUCUGCCGCCCUUUCAUCCAGCACAGACCCACCAUCCUCUGGGCCAUCUACCUCCAUCCCCUCACUUCCAGCUCCUUCUCUCCCCACCUCGUCUUCAUCUCUCUCCUCCCUAGUCCUUGUCAUCCCACUAAUCGGCAGCUCGGGAGCCUUCAUAACCCAACCCGUCUGUCUAGGAGGACCCAACCCAAGCCUCCGGCCACCACUCCAUGAGGGUUCCUCCGCGCGCUCCGCCUGCCUCUAAGAGAGCAGCCACUUCUCCUUCUUCUCCGCAUUUAGGAGAGCGUCAUAAGACGGUUCCAUUAACUCCCCUGAGACCUUCCGAGGACAAGUCCGACCAGUAUGGGAGAGCAACCCACAGAAGAAACAAAAGUGCGGGAGACGCUCGUACUCAAUGUCAAACCUCCUGCUCUCCGGCCACCCCGCCGGCCUGAAAAGCACCCACAUUUUCAGAGGUUCCUCCACAUUCACCCCCACGCGGAUUCUCAAAAACUCACCCAGACAAAACACUCCAACACCUUUUACUGCCCUAACGAACACACCGAUCGCCUGUCCUAUACUCCGACCAGUAUUGUUCACUCGCUCCUCCUCCAUAUAAACCGGAGGGAGCCCCCGGAUACGAACCCAAAAGUACUGAGUUGAGUCAGUUGACAGCGAGACUCCCAGCGGGUCUUCCCUACCAUCAGUAACUGCCACCGCCACAAGGGACUUAUCAAAAGACCAUGGGCUCCCCCUCAAUACCCACCGAAAAUCCGACUCCUUUUGGAAAGAGAACAGAAACCUCUUCCCCCCCUCCAACCUGCAACAUGUGAUUCUCGCCCGAUCCGGCGAGUCCGAUUUCGAGAUCCAGAGCCCUUUGAGAGUGCUGAAUAAGAACUCAACUCUGACAGGCUUGGAUGUCAACACCUCGCACACUAAGAAGCACCGCCGUGGGCCCUCCUCCAAAACCGCCGACGGAAUCACGACUUCCACCUCUGUAUCCGACAAAGCCAACUUGCGUGCAAAACUCCCCAUAACAUCCUCCAUAGAGCAAAGAAACAGGCAAACACCACCCCAAACUUUGCCAACACACGAAACAAUACCGGACAUUCGCCUCACUGAUUCAGAUCUAGUCACAAAGGACACCACCGUAUCUUCAAAAAGAUAUCGGAACCCUAACUCUCAGGAACUAGAGAGAGAAGGGACAAAAAAUAUUGCUCAAUUUUUACCAGAUUGUUUGUGUAAGAAGGAAUUGCCGAUGCAAGCAACUGAGUAAUGGUCUCAGAUAUUGCAAUGCAGUGCUCUCGAAAAAAGUUCCUCUGCUGCAGGGUGGUGACACAUCAUUCUUUUCAAUUUACAAAUGUAACUCUACCAACGCAAGAGUGGCAUGUCAGUGAGACGGGGCCUUUCAUCUAUGACCAAGGCAUCGUUUCUGUGCUUUUCGAAGUUGACCUGUUUUCAAUUUUUAAGGAUUUGAUAAAAUGAUUUAUUGGGGUUACUGUAGUUUCAUUGCUCCCAUUACCUCUUCCCUAAGAUAUCCUACUCUUGGUGUGAGUUUUCUUUACCUAUGCUUGGGUUAUUGGAAAUCAGAUUUAUGGUAUGUGUUCCUAUGUGCCUUUUAAGAAAAGGGUUGCUGUUAAUUGACGGAAGAGCUUUGGUUUGUCUUUGGUUUUUCGUGUGAAUCAAAUUGUUUGACAUUUUUUACAUAGAUAGUGAUUAUAGCUUCCUGAAUAUGGAAUUUCAGGCUACAAUUCGUUGCAGUAAAAUUGAGCCUGCUGCUGAUAAUUAGGAUAGGUUUAAGCGGAGGAGCAUUCUUACAUGCUUUGGUGCCACUGUCGGCUUGAUGAGAGCACAUUUUUUCCUCAUUAUUAUCUGUGUUGAUUGUGAUAUCAUAGCUCAGGAACAUUUGUUGAAAUGGCUGAGGCUGCUGAUUUGAUACAACGAAGGCAGCGUUCUGACUUUCAAUCAAGUGUCAAAGAUACCUUAUGCAAGGCUAUAAAGGAAAAUCCAGAUGUUAUCCCAUCCUUGCUCACUUUGGCAUUGAAUGAUGUUAUGACUUAUGAUAAGGCUUUGAAAUCUGGGGGCCCAAAUGGAUCUAUCAGAGUCAGCUCAGAGAUCAGCAGACCUGAAAACAAGGGGCUUGUUGGUGCUUUGAAUUUAGUAAAGGAAGCAAAGAAGGAAAUCGAUUCGAAUUCCCGGGGUGGGGGGGUCAUUUCCUAUUCUGAUCUGAUCCAAUAUGCAGCACAAAGUGCCAUUAAGCAAACCUUUCUAGCUUCUGCAAUUUGCAAAUGUGGAGGAAACGUUGAGAAGGGCAGUUUAUUAUACACUGCAUAUGGUUCAAAUGGUCAGCGGGGCUUAUUUGAGAGGAAUUUUGGAAGGCCAGACACCCAAGAGCCAGAUCCCGAGGGAAGGGUUCCCCAGUGGGACAAAGUAAGUGUUCAAGAAAUGAAAGACAAGUUUUCUGCCGUUGGCUUUGGCCCCCGCCAGCUAGCUGUUAUGUCUGCAUUCUUGGGUCCUGAUCAGACAGCCACAGAAACUUUAUUAGCCACUGAUCCAGAAGUACGUUUUGCCGUGGGUUUAGAAGUAUCAGCGCAGAAACAGAUUAUGAGGUCAGUGCCAUAGUAAUUUUCUCUCCCACAGUUAAGAGAAGUGAAGUGACACAGUAUUGUUGUAAAAUCAACCAUGUUGAUUGAUAAGAGUAAUGUCCUCUUACUAGAUAUACAAAUACUUAUAUUGCCAGACUACCAUACAUAAUACAUUCAAACAAAAUACGUAGCUAAUGGAUGAUAACCCAGUCUGCAA